GAGCCCAGCGGUUCCCCGGACAGGCUCGCCCCGGCGCUGGACCGCGCAGGUUCGGAGGCCGGCCGGGCGGCUCGCCCCAGCCUGAAGCCCCGGCGUCUGCCUCCCGCGGCGUCCUCGGAUCCGUCGACAUGAAUCCCGUCAUCGUGGUCCAUGGUGGCGGAGCCAGCAGUAUCUCUAAGGACCGGAAAGAGCAGGUGCGCCAGGGCAUCAUCAAAGCUGCUGAGGCAGGUUACAAAAUCCUGACGGAUGGAGGGAGUGCAGUUGACGCUGUGGAAGUUGCUGUGGCAUUCCUGGAAGAUCAUCCUGAGUUCAACGCAGGUUGUGGAUCUGUCUUGAAUGUAAAUGGUGAUGUUGAAAUGGAUGCCAGUAUCAUGAAUGGAAAAGACCUGUCUGCAGGAGCUGUGUCUGCAGUCCGCUGUAUAGCAAAUCCCAUUAAACUUGCACGGCUUGUUAUGGAAAAGACAGCUCACUGCUUUCUGACUGAUCAAGGUGCAGCAAAAUUUGCAGCAGUCAUGGGGGUCCCCACGAUUCCUAAAGAGCAGCUGGUGACAGAAAGAAACAUAAAACGUCUGGAAAAAGAGAAGCAUGAGAAAGGUGCUCUGAAGUUAGACUGUCAACAAGACUUGGGAACCGUGGGUGCCGUUGCCUUGGACUGCAAAGGAAACGUAGCCUACGCAACCUCGACGGGCGGCAUCGUUAAUAAAAUGGUCGGCCGCGUUGGGGACACCCCGUGCAUAGGAUCUGGAGGUUAUGCUGACAACGACGUUGGCGCCAUUUCAACAACGGGGCACGGGGAGAGCAUCCUGAAGGUGAAUCUGGCCAGACUGACUCUCUUCCACGUAGAACAAGGAAAGACAUUGGAAGAGGCAGCCAACAUGUCGUUGGGUUAUAUGAAGUCAAAGCUGAAGGGUUUAGGCGGCGUCAUCUUGGUCAGCAAAGCAGGAGACUGGGCAGUGAAGUGGACCUCCACCUCCAUGCCCUGGGCAGCCGCCAAGGAUGGCAAGCUGCACUCUGGAAUCGAUCUCGACGAGACCAAUAUCACUGACCUGGCCUAGGACCCUGAAGAUUGUGUUCUAGAUGCUAGCUUGGAGGGAAAGUCCAGUUUCCUGGUGUGGAGACUUGGCUUAAUCAAUUAGAUCUAGAAAUGGAAAAUUCUGCAGUCUGUCACUCGUUUUGUUGCCUUGAUCAAUGAGUAUCUGAGUGUUUGGUUGAGGGGAGGAUCUGGAAGUGCCAAGAGAAACGCUCCUAUUAAGGUCAAAAUAAGACCAGUGCAGAUGACCAGGUCCUGAGUCUUUCUUAUGAGUCGUCCCCAGUGUCUUAGAUUAGAAAGAAGAAAUGACAUGAUCUGAACAGGACAACAGCCACUUCGGUGCAGGGAGUGCCAUCUGGGAUCAGGAGACCUGCAGCGGAGAAAGAAGAGGCAGGCUCGAAAGGUGGGGGGACCCAGACCAACACCUCCCGGGGCUCUCUUGGUUGUGGAGUUCACGUUAAGUCAGAAGAAUGUCAGGGAAAAGAACCCAUGAGAGGAGAAGCUGAUUUUUCUAAGAAGGUUCAGAUCUCUGACUUACUGAUGUGGACAUGUUUCCAGAUACUUUAGAAGUAGCCUCUGAUAACCCAUAGUCCCCAUUCUGGAGGUGAAGGGUCUAAUGGAGACUUUGCGGAGCUCCCACAUGAGUCUGCUGGCCUAGCAUUUUCCCACCAGCUUCCACCUACUGCAGGCCCUCCUGGUGCUCAUGCCGAGUAAGGGGGCUCAUGAUCUCUCCGCCCCUACUAUAACUAGCGCGCCGAUCCGUGGGGAUGCACUGUGAUCUACUGCACUCUCCCGAUGUCCAGGGCUGUGGGCCCCCACGACUGCAGGGGGCAUGUGUACAGCAUGGUCAGCAUCAUGAAAAAAAGUCAUUUCCUUGGUGGAAACUAUUCCUAUUCAUCUCGCUUUACACUGGAAAUGGUAUUUCUGCUGUGACAGUUUUUUAGUCUGUCAGGUCUUACCUUCUCACUGGAAAGAAAUUGCUUAACUUUAAAU